AUGGCGACUGCCCCCAAGCUGUCCGAGAAAAAAUUGCGUCGGAGCGAGCGAGAAGCGAAGAAGAAAGCUAAGAAAUUACAUCAAAAGCAAGCCCAGGAAGAAGAGCAUGCCGCCAAAGAUGCUGACAAGGCUGUAGAGGGGGUCGCUUUGAAGGCUAAACAGGCAGCUCAAGAGGACACGCAGCGGAAGAAACGCGAAGAAGAGCAUGCUCGUCGUGAAGCUGCCCGGAAAGCAGCAGCAGAAGAGGAACGGUGCCAACUCGAAGCAGCUAGCCUUGUUGCGGUGUACCAGCCCCCGAUGCCCAAGUAUCACCAGAAGUUAGCGGCUGCUCGUGCCAGAGCAGCACGAUGGCCAGCUCCAACUGCUAAACAUCACAGCAAUUCCAAUAUCACCCACAAACAACCCCCUUCGUCGGAGCAAGUAGUGGAACCCACCGAAAUACUUGGCGCCGAAUCUAGUCCAAUAGAGCGCAAGGCAAAGGAGGAUGGGGAUGCUGAGGCAGUCCAGCAGCGGCAGCGAGCUGGCAAGCACAGCCGUCCGCCAAUUUCUCGUCCCUCAGGCUCUACGCAGCGCACUCGGAGAAACAAAGGGAUUCUCAAUAAGCACAACUCUGUCACACCUACCCCGUCUGGAAGUACGCCACGGCAGUCGCUGCAGCGUCCUUUGUUGUCUGUUUCUCAACAUGCAACUCAUGUUGUACCUUCCAUGCAAAAUAAUUUUCCUCCGCACACCACACCUCAUUGUCCUAUUGCUCCUGGCAUGAUGCUUCUACCUCUCGGCUCGUCGUCCCCUUGGGUAUCCUUUGCACCACAUCAAUCAUCCUGA